CGGUGAGAGUAAGUAUGCCAGCUCUACUUCGAACAACCCAUGAUCUAGAUAAGGUGCCUACCUAGGUAGGUCGGUUAGUUGAAGCCACCCACGUCACCUACUGGUCUUAUUUGGCUGCUCUUGACUGCUGGCUCUCUGUGCCACCAACGUGGGUUUAUGUCUUUGGCAGCCUGGCUAGUUAGCUCCACGAAGCGAUGUCGUGGGGAGACAUGGGAUAUUGGACUGACUGAUUACACGUCCGUAUGCACGUUGCAGCAUAAGUGCACCAUGACUAUCGCCAUUGGAUCAUCCCAGGGGCGGGAAAACUGCUGCCGUAGAUGCCCAACCCGGCCUAAUCUAGCCCUCUAUCACGACAUGUAUGGUCUAAUAUCCCUUCUUCUCGAAUAUCUGUCCAUGUUCCUCGAGAUCCUGCAGCUUCCUCGCGGCGUUUGCGCCCUUGGGGCAGUGACCUGGCCGACCUUUCCCAACAAUGCCUUUUUGGCUACCGCUCUCCUCGUCGCAUGCCGUCCGCCCAGCCGCAAAGACUACCGGCGCUGCAAAGCUAGGUCAAGGCAACGGUCGCAAGGGUCUCGUAGGUCACGGCAAGCGGAAGAAGAUUAGCACUGAAUCAGCAAUGGGGUCGGCCAAAACGAAACAAGCCAGGGCUGCGCCCGUAGUCAAGGAGUCCCCGUUGCACGAUAAGAUCCCCCGCUCGAGCGGACCCCGUACAGAUCAGUCCGAGUCCUCGAACCUCGGCAUUAUACAGGCCCAGCCCAGUGGCUCCCCGACCCUGAAAGAUCCCACCACGAAGCGGGCUACAGUGGGUGCCUCGGUCAGAUUUGGUGCAACGACAGUGCACCAUGUUCAGAUUGCCCCUGGCCAGCACCUCUAUCCAACACGGCUAUCCCAUAGGACCAAGAGCGGACUGACCUACCUCAACCCUCCGGGGGAUAAAGGGCACCCUAAAGUUACUGUCGAGUUCCCGGCAGGGAAAGGGUCCAAACUGAGAAGACACCGCGAACGGCAGGCGGCAAUGGAGAGAUAUUGGCUCCGGACCGAGGAGGAGGAGGCAGAGUGGAGGGCGGAGGCGACGCGCAUCGCCGAGGAGGAGUCUGCCGAGUAUCGUAAAGAACCUGCGAGCUGUCCGUCGCAUAAAGAAACCUCAGCAGUGGGAGAUGGAAACGAGGACCCUACUUUGGACACUCAGAAGGAGAGUCACGGAGUCGCUUGAGUGACGAGAUCCCCCCACACCCCUUAUGGUGAACUACGAGGAAAUUUGCCUGUUAAUAUUAUUGACUAAAUUUUAAUUUUCAUAGGUCUGUUGAAAGCC